AUGGCGAUACUGGAGGCCUUCCCCAAGGCACCUCCUGCUAGCCAGGGUGGCUUCCUAGGUCUGAGCAAGAAGCAGUGGGCUUUGACAACGUUGACCUUUCAAAACUCAGCCCUUAUCUUGAUCAUGCACUACUCUCGCGUUAUGCCUCCGAGUGGCGAUCACCGCUACUUUACUUCGACCGCCGUCUUUCUGAACGAGAUCAUUAAGCUCGCCGUUUCGCUAUCCUUAGCCAUCUAUGAUACCUCAAAGACCUUGGCUCCUACGACACCCGCAACAGUCCUUUUCGAGCAAAUCUAUAACUCUGUCUUUGCUGGUGAUGGGUGGAAACUUGCAUUGACAGCUGCUUUCUAUACCUUGCAGAAUAUGCUGCAGUAUGUCGCUGUGGGUAACUUGGAUGCGGUGCACUUUCAAGUGCUGUAUCAGCUCAAGAUUCUCAUUACAGCACUGUUUAGUGUUGUACUGCUGCGAAGGCACUUGGGACCCAAGCGCUGGCUUGCCCUCAUCAUCUUGACGCUGGGCGUAUGUGUUGUGUCACUCCCUCAAGCCGGCUCACCUUCGAGCUCAUCCAGCAUUCCUCUCCGCCACAUGACGGACCAUUUCUUCCCUCGCUCGCUUCAUGAGCUUGGACACGUACCCACGGAUAACAGCCAGGCUGGACAUCUAGCUAAGCGAUCUGCUACCUAUCAAGGCAUUGACCAUGAUUUGCCGCCUCUAGACCCUCUUAUGAAUUACUCGGUUGGCUUGGUCUCUGUUCUUGUUGCUGCUACGGUGUCCGGCUUGACGGGUGUCUACUUCGAAAAGUUACUCAAAGAGAGUCCCACUCAAGCCAGUGUUUGGAUCCGAAACGUUCAACUAAGCUUUUACUCCAUCUUUGCUGCCGGCCUUGGUGGUGUCAUUUGGCAGGAUGGUGAAGGAAUCAGCGAGCACGGCUUUUUCGAGGGCUACAAUUGGGUUGUGUGGAGUGCCGUUGUGCUCCAAGCUGCUGGUGGCAUGCUGGCGAGCGUUGUAAUUCGGGAUACGGAUAAUAUUGUCAAGAACUUUGCGACGAGCAUCAGCAUUGUCAUCAGCUUCUUGAUCAGCAUUAUGUUGUUCCAGUUCGAGGUGUCGGCAACAUUCGUCAUUGGCACAUUCCUGGUUCUCCUCUCUACUUGGAUCUACAAUGGUUCAGAUAGGGCUAUUCGCCGUCCUCCACCAAUCCAAAUCCAUAGCUUCGAGAAGCCGGCUAUUGAGAGUUUACAAACCCCUCGCAAUUUGGCGAACCGACUGACUGUCAAUCCUAUGGAUAGCCCUAUGGGGUUGACCACGAGUCGACCAAGCACACCACUACUGCCCAGAACACCAAGUCGAUCCAACUUUAAGAGAGACGAUUGA